GAGCUUUAUAUGGGAGCAUAGCAGCUGCUUUUAUGACUCCUGCUCCACAUCCUAAACCAAAUAUAAUACAAGCUUUGGGGCUUGUCGGCAGAUAUACCUUACUAAUAGGUAAGUCCGGUGUAGUAUGCAAUCCAGCACUCCAGUGUGAUGAUGUAACGUCUAAAAAAUUGUAAUGACUAAUAUAUAUAGUUAUUUGUGUUCUACUGCAGCGGUAGUCUAAAUGUAGUCUGAAUUAUCUGUCCAGUAUGUUGUCUUCUUUAUGUUUAUGUUUAGUAAGUAAUAGUUUAGAGUCCUUUCUAUUCUCUAGUUUCUAUAUGGUACCAGUGCCUGGCUUUAGUUCAGACUGGAACUCGUAACAAUAGCUGCUGUGGCUGGAAACCAGAUCCUUUCCUGGUUAUCAAAUUUGAAAAUUAUUUCAAUAGAUUCAUGGAACAAUUGUGGGUUUUAUGAUAAAAGCACGAAAUUCGAUACAGAUAUAGACUGAGAUAAACACUUCAUGUACCAUGGACCCCAUUGAUCCAAUUAAAAAAAAAAAAAAAAAAUUGAUAAAGUUAAUUAGUGUUAUUUUCGUAUAAAAGUAUUAAUUUUUUUAAACCUGAAAUUUCAGUUCACUUUUAUACAAUGAUCCAUACCAUUAUAGAAAGGUCGCAAAAGUAAAUAUAAGACAUUUAAAGGAGUAUAGUACGAUUUUUCUGACUCUACUUCGAGUUACAAAUUCAACAAUGAAAAAUGGAAAAUCUUUGCAUAAAUUAUGAUAAGGUAACGCUAUUUAGGACGUUCUUCCUUUCCACAACUCAAAAGUUUUUAUCUUUCUAAUGGGAAGAUGAAUUUUUGGAAAAGUGAACUUACUGUACUGUACUGUAAUACUGUAGCAGAAAUAUACAAUUAAUCAGUUUUUACAAGGUUUAUUGGAAAGAUUUCGAUGGGGUCCAUACCCGAUAUUGUUUAUAAUUUAUACUGUAGUUAUCUACAUACUGUAUGUGCCAAAUUUCAUGCCUAAAUUAGCUUAAAACGCGCAAUUCUUCCAAACGUUUGCACAAAUCUACUGUAUACUGGUAAUCAAUGAUCAUUUCAAUAUCCUCAAAUACCUCAAAUACAGUAAUAUCCCUUUGCUAUUUCACUUGCAGGUAGCGCAGGUGCAUUGUUUGCGGGUUCAACCUGUGCUCUGGCUUCAAUACGAGAUAAAGAUGAUUACAAAAAUUGGGCUUUUGGUGGAGCUUUAGCUGGUUCAAUAUUUGGCAUCCAAGGUUAG